AUUAAUUGAUAAAAGAUAAUCGUUUAUACAUCAGUUGUUUUUCUCGAAAAUAAUAACAAGGAAAUAUAUAAAAUAAAUGUAGAAAUGCUUUUAAGUAGAAAUGGAACGUUUCGUAGUAGAAACACGUUGAGACUAUAUUCUAAUAAAGAAACCCAGAAAACUGAAAGCUAUAAUGAAAAACCAAACCCUGAAUUAAUUAAACAAGACUAUAUUGGGCCGCCUGAUAAAGACUCGAAUUUGCGGCCGUACGUCCGAUACAUACCUAACAGCGAGACGCCUCUGGCCAAAAUGUUAAGGAAUAAACGAGUUGAGGUGGAAAUAUGGAAUCAGGAUUUUUGGUCAAAGCACAACAAGCGCUUUUAUGAAGAAAAGGAAGACUUUAUUAAAAUACAUCAUGAAGCGGGUUCAACGGAUAUAUCCGCGGACGAAAUGAGCGUGUUUUAUAAACAUUUUUUGGAUAAAAAUAAAAAAAUUCACGCCCUGUAUAAUCUAUCGUGGUAUAUAAAAAAUUUUGAACUCUUAUUACUUGCUUUCAGGGUUGCAUUGCAAAAAUUAUUAAAACGACGCAAAUUGUAAAAGCAAUUAAAAAAUCAAUAUUUGUAAUUCAAAGGCAG